UAACUCUUCAAAGUAGCCUAAAACUGAGAUUAUUCCUUAAAAAGAAACAGUGACUGACAAAAUCUUAUGAACGUCGAGAAUCAUAAGUUUAAUGAAGUUGUCACAAACACAAGAUUUUUCCUUCAAUCCAUUGGGAUGCCCAACAUAUCAUUUAUUAUAGCCCAAAUUCAGUGUUAACACAGAGUGCACAAACCACAUCUAAAUAGUCAGAGCUUGUUCAAUACAAUUAAUUGCACUAAUAAGUAAAUACCACAAUAAUAAACACUUACCAAAAAGGAACUCAACAGUAUAGAAUAGUUUGGGCUAAGAUUAUUGCGACCACAAGGUAUGAUGCCUUAUAUGUAGUACAAUUUGUUAAGGGAUGUUGCAAAAUUUGUGAAGAUGGAGAGCACUCUUGAGGAGAAACUGGUGAAGAAGACCCAGAGCUUUAGUAGAUGGCAGACUAUAGUAAUGGCUUACCAAACACUGGGGGUGGUCUAUGGGGACUUAGGAACUUCAUCUCUCUAUGUGUUCUCCCCUACAAAUAUCACACACCCAGAUGAAGAUGACAUUCUGGGGAUCUUUAGUCUCAUAUUCUGGGGGCUUACAUUGAUUGGACUCAUCAAAUAUACAUUUAUAGUACUGCAAGCGGAUGAUCAUGGUGAAGGUGGCACAUUUGCAGUCUAUAGUCUUUUAUGUAGGCACCUAAAUCUCAGCCAGGCAAGUAGCAAUCAUCAGUUUGAUGAGUAUCCAUUGGCUCAUCCGCCCAAGGGAACUGUUCAACAGUUUGCAAGGAAUCUCCUAGAGAGAAAUAGAUCUGUACAGAAAUUUCUAAUAAUCUUUGUAAUGGUUGGUACAUCCAUGGUUAUUGGUGAUGGUGUCCUGAAUCCUGCCAUUUCAGUUCUUUCAGCCAUUCAAGGAAUUCAGUCAAAGAACCCUCAAAUGAGUACAGAUUUUGUUGUAUUCAUAUCAACUAUGAUUCUGAUCAUGUUAUUCCUGAUGCAAAAGUAUGGUACAAGUAAAGUGGGCUUUAUGUUCUCACCUAUAAUGGUUGCAUGGUUUCUUCUAACUGGCAUAGUUGGUGCAUAUAACAUAUUUGUAUAUUAUCCGAAGGUACUCAAGGGAUUAUCACCUCUUUACCUAUUUCAUUUCUUUGGCAAGAGCCAAAGAUUAGGAUGGACAAUGUUUGGAGCUGUUUUCUUAUCCUUAACAGGACUCGAAGCUAUGUUUGCUGACUUGGGCCAUUUCAAUAAGGGAUCCAUUCAGCUUGGUUUCACUGCAGUUGUAUACCCAGCUUUAGUUAUAACUUAUGCUGGACAAGCAGCCUACCUGAUAAAGCAUCCAGAAGACAUAAGUGAUGCAUUUUAUAAAUCAACUCCAAAAGCUCUGUUUUGGCCAAUGUUUAUUGUAUCAACUUUGGCAUCCAUAGUUACCAGUCAAGGAAUGAUAACAGCAACAUUUUCAAUCAUAAGGCAGUCAGUUGCAUUGGAUUGCUUCCCACCAGUUAAAAUAGUCCAUACAUCUAAAGUUCAAGAGGGGCAAAUUUACAGUCCAGAAGUCAAUUACUCUCUCAUGGUCGUGUGUCUAGCUAUUCUCUUAGGCUUCAGAAGCCAAGAGAACAUUGGGAAUGCCUAUGGAGUAGUUGUGAUAUGGGUAAUGCUUAUGACCACUUUCCUAGUGGCCCUGGUCAUGAUUGUUAUCUGGAACACACAUUUCUUACUGGUUCUUUCUUUUUUAAUGGUAUUUGGAUUUAUGGAAGGAGUUUUCAUGAUAGCAGCCAUGGACAAGCUAUCAAAAGGAGGUUGGGUUCCUUUUGGAAUUUCAGCACUUUUGCUAGUCAUUAUGCUUUCAUGGUACCAUGGAAGGCAGAAGAAGCAUAAGUAUGAAUUGGAAAACAAGGUAAGUGUAGAUACUCUGAAUGCAUUCCUAUCUACAGCAAGAAUCUACCGUCCAUGUCACAACCCUCCUUUAUCAUUUCUUUUUUUUGAUUUAAAUACAAAACUUUAUUUAUACUCUUUGGAUGAAUUAUUGAAUAUUGUAAGGGAAUAAAUUAAUAAACCACAC